CCCCUCUCUGUGUGGCUCAGUCUGCCGGCUGUUGCCACUCCGCUCACACUGUUUCACGCUCUGGAGGCUGUGUAACCUGACCACCAGCACUAUUACUGAACGGUUUUUGGCGGAUUUUGAGUGAAAUGAAGUGACUUUUCCUCCGGAUGGAUACCCGCAGUUUGGGGAGGUGACAGCAGGGAUCCGGGAUCCUGAAUAUGCUCAGGAGUCAGCCCGUCGGCUCCGGAGUGGUGAAGAGCACUAAAGUCAUUCCUGUGUUUCAGUGCGAGAUCCUAAAGUGUCAUCAGGGCCUUGAGACACACCCACACACACACACUGAUGUUCAGCCUCGCCUUCUCACAGUGGACCUGGCAGACCUCUAAUCUCUAAAAGAUUGAUGAGGCCCUGUCCAGGCACAGGAGGCCUGGCACAGCGUCGAUAAGGCAGCUUUCAUUUCACCACAUUUUAUCCCUCGCUCCUUCCUUUCUUCUCCUCUUCUCCUCUGUGCUGAGGGACGCUGGGGCUGGCUUUGAAGCGUGAGAGAGGAUUAUGGCGCACCAAGGCCCCCGGGCGAGAAGGACACUGUUUUAAACAGGAACCAUGAAAUGCCCCGGAAAUGACAGUUCUGUUUUCUUCUGUUGCUCCGUGUUGGACAGCCGUGUAGUAGCCGAGCAGGACGCCAGGGUCGGCAUGUCACUGUCAAACUGCUGGAGCUGGAAUAUAGUGAAACUACAGAGGGACACUCAGAGCUGAGAGUAGCUGAACACACAUCACACACCUGCACACACACAAACACACUCAAGAGCGUUCCACACAAGACAAUGUGCAACAUCUCGUUCUGUGAUGUGGACAGCAAGGUGGACCAGUUCUUCCAGCCCACGCUCUACAUCAUAGUCAUCGUUCUGGGGCUGCCCACUAACUGUAUGGCCCUGUGGGCUGCCUACAUGCAGGUACGCCAACGUAAUGAGCUCGGCAUCUACCUGAUCAACCUGUCAGUGGCUGACCUCCUCUACAUCACCACUCUUCCUCUGUGGAUCGACUACUUCCUACAGCACGAUGACUGGAUUCACGGUCAGGAGAGCUGCAAGCUGUUCGGCUUCAUCUUCUACACUAAUAUCUACGUCAGCAUCGCCUUCCUCUGCUGUAUAUCACUGGACAGGUACCUGGCUGUGGCAUAUCCUCUGCGCUUUGCCAAGGUUCGACGAAUCAAAACAGCGGUCCUGGUGAGUGCCAUGGUGUGGAUCAUUGAGAUCGUAGCCAACUCCGCUCCUCUCUUUCACGAUGAGCUCUUCCAGGAUCGGUUCAACCACACCUUCUGCUUUGAGAAGUAUCCCAUGCAGGACUGGGUGGCAGGGAUGAACCUCUACAGGACAUUUCUGGGGUUCCUCGCUCCAUGGACAGCCAUGCUUGUUGCCUACCGCGGGAUCCUCGCAGCAGUGCGCUGCAACGUCUCAACAGAGCGCCAGGAAAAGGCCAAAAUUCAGCGGCUGGCGUUGAGUCUGAUCCUAAUUGUUUUGCUCUGCUUUGGACCGUACCACAUCCUCCUCCUGGUGCGGAGUGUCAUGUUUCUAAGGAAGCCUUGUGACUGCAGCUCGGAGGAGAGCUUGUUUGCAGCGUACCAUGUAUCGCUGGCAAUGACGAGCCUCAACUGCGUUGCAGACCCCAUUUUGUACUGUUUCGUCAAUGAGGGGGCUAGACACGACGUCGGCCGAGCUCUCUCAGCUUUACUGUCAGCAGCUUGCCACAAGGGCUCCUCUUCCUCACCAUCACACGCCGACAUGCUCAACGCUGGUUCAGUGACUAUGGAAACGCCGUUGUCAGCAAAGAAGCAGCCUUGUGUUUACGUCGAUGGGGGCAAGACAAGCAGCUACAAGACAGAACUGGUGGCUCUAAAGGAGGAGUGUCUACAGAUGACCAUCCUCAGUGUUAGGAAGUGACCUCUACCCAGAGCGUACUGUAAGGGGUCCAAACUGCUCAGCUCAGUGCAUAGAGGAAGCUCCUAACACUGACAGGGUUUGAUGUCUUCUGGUCUGACAGGCUGAAAUCAGAUGCAUUUAUCAGGCGAUAGAUGCCUGGGGAUAAAAUAAACAAGACAUACGUCUGUAGCCACAAUAGCAGCUUCUGUAAGAUGGAAAUGCUUACAAACCAGAAAACAGACUACUUCGCUGUUGUUACAUCCUUACCACGAGUGAGGACAGGUCAUGUUGUAAAUCAGAAGGAUUUAUCCUUUUUACUGUGACCAUUGUAGGACACCUCAGACAAUUAUUUGUAGCUGAUUUGGUUCUAACUUCAAGCUGUAGUUUGUCAGCCUACACACAGCUGCACUGCAUGGUUAUAUCAGCAUGUUUAACAUGCUAUGUUAUCAUUAUUUCCCAUUAGUGCAGCUGAGGCUGACAAGGAUUUAGUCAUUAGUGGUAUCCUCAUGAAAAGAAGUGUUGAACUGGAGGGAAUUUUGACCUGCUGUUGGCACUAGUCAGGGGAUCACCAAAGUCCUCAGGAUUCAGCCUCAGUGGACCAUGAAUGUCUGUACCAAAUCCCAUGCCAAUCCAUCCAGUACAUGUUGAGGUAUUUCAGUCUGGACCAAAGUGUUGGACCAACAGAUCGACAGACCUGCUGACAUCCUGUCAUGUCACUGGUGCAGUUAAUAAGGAUCUUGUCAAACACAAUUUGAGAACUUGGAUAUUUGGACAAUUUCCAGCUGUUCUAGGAGUCAUUUGCAAUGCCUAGGAGGACAUUCUUGAAUAUUUAAGUGGAAUUAUUUAAACAGACCACUCUCUGCAUGGCUGACUGUUAGUGGCCUGAGAGGAGACACCUUUACAUUCACACCCAACUGGACAGAGGGCAGAUGUAGGAGAUUGGGGGUUUGACACCCAAAUGCACCACUUUGGAAUAUGGAAGAAGAGCAGAAGGGUAAUAAAACAUAUUGUACAUUAAUGGUCAAAAACAUUUUUAAUGCUUUUUGGAAAUGUCUGUUAUUAGUUUUUUGAAGGAAAUAAUGAAGCCUUAUGAAGUACCUCAGCUCGUAAACUGUGAUAGCAAGAAGGCUUAGAGUAGAAGUGUCUCUUAUAUAAUGUCAGUAAUGUUUUGUUCUUUCUUUUUCUUUCAUUUUUACCACAGACAGCAAAAUAAUCAGAACCCACUCCACUGAGAUGGCAGAGAAAAUCAUAAACCAAAGCCUUUUAUUACAUUCAACUCAGUUUAAAAGUCAAAUUGAUCAGUUAGUUCACCUACAUUAUAUUGAGAGCGCUGUGGAGCAGAACAGUGGCAUAGAACAGAUUAUUAUUAUUAUUAUUCUUAUAAAUUUGAGUGCAUGCAGUAGUUGCCAGAAACCAUUCAAGUAUGGGGACUUGCAUGCUGGAGGUAUAAAAUUUGAUUUUUGUUGCUUAAAAGUUCUGACAGCUUUUACUGAAACUGUGUUGCCAGGCAACCGUCUCUCAACCUCCAUGAAUCCAACCUACAUGCUUGGGCUUUGGUAAAGGCUAGCCACAGCUGACCUGAUACUGUUUACAUUCCUCUUUCAGACAGAUGCCUUCUAACUUAACCCGUCCCAAACUUCCUAAAUGAUAUACAGUGUAAUGUCUUUUUUUUCAUUUUCAGCCUUUUGUUUCUUCAGAUCUAACCAUUUCCUCUAAAAUGGCAAGAUUUGUACAUUCCUCCUUGAUGCAAGCGACACUGCUGGCUGCUGACAUUGUCAUAUUAGGCAAACAAAGAAACAUUUCUCGAUUAUGUCAAACGUGUGAUGAGGAAAUUAAGAAAUACUGGAUGUGCAAAGAAAACCGUCUCCAGUGGACAAAAUAACUGUGGCAGCAUACAGAAAAGCAAUGUAACACUGAUUUUUAAUGAUUUAUUUUAAAAUCAGUGAUUAAAAAUGUACAGUAAGCAUGUCUCUCCUUUUGUAUGUGAGGCUGAUUGUUCUUAAUGUAAAUAUAACCAACAAUUAUAAUAUGCCAACGCUGGAUUAGCUGCCAUAUUUUGCCAUAUGUUGACUACUUUCUGAGGUCAUGAUGUCAAGCGAGAGCUGUCAAGGGCCUGGAAAAAACAAUAUAUCUUAAAAAAAUGUUCAUAUGCUGCAUAUAUUGAUCUUCCUUUUGCUAGUUGGGAGCUUGUUUUUAUAGAAAAUCCAACACAAAGUGACCAAACAUAGCUUUUUUAGCAUUCACAGCUGUUGGGAUCCCAAAACUUAAUGGCAGCUUCUACAACAGCGUGUUGAACUGUGUACAUAAAGAAAAUCUUGGUGUUACUUUAAAAAAAAAAAAAACAGCUGUCAGAAAGAGGCGUCUUCAACUUCUAAAAUGUUUGUAGCUGUCAGGUUAAAUCUUGAACCUUAGUUGGCUGUUAUGUGCAAUCCAGAAAUGAUUUUUGUACAUGGCUUUGUGAAUCAGUGGUAAUAACAUUUCAACAAAUUGUGUGUUUACAUACAGAAUGUCCUGCUGUAUGUUCAUAUAUAACACUGACAUACAAACAUUCCUUGUGUGGAGUAUUAUGACUCAAAUAAGUCCUCUCCGAUGACAGACAGCAAGCGCCCAUGUUGCAGUUCAACUGGUCAACAAUUGCGUGUUAAGGAUAAGUGUCUAGGUGAUCCCGCAAACACAAUUUUUUAUGUUGUCUUGGCAUGAAAGCAUUCCUCCGUUCAGUGUGAUGAUGUUAAGGCAGAUUCUUUGGACACAAACACUGCUCUGUGUACCACUGCUUUGGUUGUGCAUCUGUAUGUCAGUCUGAGAGAGGAGGUACAAGGCUUCAUAAUGUGUAUUCGUUCAGCAACAAUGUCAGUGAGAAAUAAAUUAUGCAUACUAAACUUUG